UCUUAGUUACCUUUUGUCAUCGAAUUUGUCUCAAAUCUUUGUAUGCAAUAAUCAGUCUUCAUAUUUUGAUUGAGGCUUGCCUAUGGUGAAAACCCUGAUCCCUAAAUGGUUAUGCAUCUAUCAAAGUUGUAAUCUUUUUGUUUGGUGAAAACCCUGAUCGCUAAACAAAUCUUCACACAAGGUUAUGCAUUCUUCAAAGUUCAAAUCUUUUACUUUUGUGUCCGGAAAAGAUCAAAUCGUGUUUCUGUUGCAUGAUACGUAUGGUUUGUGUAUGUGGUUUCUCUUGUCCAUUGACUAAUGAUGGAUUUUUGGGCUGUUGGUAGAUGGAACACUCUGUCCCCGGAGGACAUCAUAACGGUGACCUUCGUGUGGAGAAUUUACAACUUCUCCAGCUGCAGUGGAAAGAAGUAUUCACAGGCUUUCUAUACUGAUGAUUAUAGAUGGCGAAUUCUGUUAUAUCUUAAGGGACACUAUGUGCAGCACAUGUCAGCCUACUUAGAAGCGAUUGGCAGUUCAAACCUGGCAACCGGGUGGUCUAGACUUGCUCGAUUUAAGCUGACUGUGGUCAAUCAAUUAGACAACAGAAGAUCGAUAGCAAAAGGAUUGGAAUUGUUAUCAGUGAGGUCGCCAGGUCGGGUGUGGAAUUGAUUUUCAUACGUCAUUCGCAGAGCAAAAUCGAAUACUCCUAUUUCUAUUCCUUUGGGUGAUUCAUUUACUGUGGCCUUUUUCCUUAUACUCUUUUUGGUUUCUAUUGUUUCGAUGAUGCUGUUUUUUUUUUGGAUCAUUUAGUUGGAAGAGUGACUUUGUUUGGAUAAUCUGAUUGUUUUUUCUUUGCUUUUGUGUUAUAUCUGUUUAGAAUUGGAGUUGGAUGACUUUGUUUGAGGUUGGGAGUUUUAGAUUAAUUUGUCAUAAGCUUGGAAUCUAUCUAAAUCGUUGCAUAUAUACAUUUAUCAACCAAGGUUUUCCUAUUAGCCUCAUCAAUAAAGGCAUACAAGGUGUUUCCUAAAACUAAAUUUCUAAGACAAAUUAAUCUGAAGAUGUUGGAAGCUUUCCCAUAACAAUAAACAGAUCUGCAUCUUACAAACAGUGAGUCAAGUCCGAAGAUGAAAAUUGAAUAAAUAAAUAAUCUUCAAAUGCAGCAAAGUAGAAAAGUUAAAUUUAGCACAGAAACUAUAUUCAUCUUUUUUUUUCUUUUUUUCUGGGUGCUUAGCAGAAAGAAGGGUUAUAUAUUCUAUAAUUUAAUCACUGCAUCACAUAGAUAUAAGUUCAAUGUGUCUAUUAUUUGAUCUUCAGCCUUAAGAGUUUAAUGAAUAACCUAAAUUUAUUGACAGACACAAAAUUCCCCUACCCUGAAGGUAUUAAUAUGGCUCCAUCUUCAUGAUUUUCAUAACCGUUUUCUGUCUGUACUAUAUCAAAAGACUGAAAGGAACUCAAACAGAAACACGGACCUGAAAUGUUGGCACUAAUUAUUAACCUUAAUUAAAAGAAGAGGAAUAAGAAAGUGGUUCAUAAACAAUCAAUAAGAUCAGCCUCUGCUACAUUGCAUCAUACCAAAAUAGACUAUGAAAUAUGUAAAAUAUUGAUUAUGUAGUUAAUGUUUGGUAGUUUUGUUAUUCGCUAUAGUUUGAUGCAAAGAUUAAAGCUCAUCUGUAGUUUCUUAAUUCCCCAAAAGGAAUCAUUUUUCCCCUCUGAUUCGUAAGGCGUAAAAAAGUAUGGCUAAAUUU